AUGCGGCGCUCGUCAUUUGGUCUCUUUGGCUCUAUUGGAUACCACGAAGCCCUUGAACCAGGCCCUCACUUUGAGUCGGAGUCAACGGCCCCCAGAACCAUGACCUCUUCCUCCUCAAUCAGCUCUACGAAUGCUUCGGGUCAAGCUGAAUCGCUUCCGGUCGGAAGAGUCAGUGGGUUGAGGCAGGCCGAAGGCAGAGAUCAGACGCGCGGCGAGUUCAGCUCUCGAACAGGACACUUAAAUGCGGAUCGGGCGGGUCAUCUGCCUGAGCUUGACGGUCAAUCGUUCGUCGGCUUGCACAGUGUUCAGAUCCGGUUGUCGGGCGGUCGAGUAGGCCGGAGCCAACUUGUCCGUCAGACUUCGGGCAAGUGGAUUGACUCGGACAGCGUGGAUUGGCUUGACAACGCCAGCGCUGGCGCCGGCGCCUCCGGCCUCUGGCCAGGCCGUCCCUGGCUUCUCUCCAACGCCAGGGGCUCGGUUCUCCCGAAGAGGGCCGCCCGGCAACCACACUUGACCUCGACUGCUUCCAAAUUGUCCGAUGAUCUCGGCUCCGGUGUUGGCAUCUCUUCAACUUACCUCUCCGACCCCCCAUUCGCAGCCGACGGCGCCUACGCCGGAGAUGCAAGUGAGGCUGAGGCUGGCAACAGUUUUGACAGUGCCGGCGCCUCGUCAACAGGGAAACCGCGCUCUUUGCCCACACAAGGUUUGGUUGUGGUGACAAUCCAAUUCUCGGAUGGCAGUGUCAUCCCCUGGCAUCGCUGGGACGAGGUUGGUCCACUCUCUUAUUCCAAGGUUGGCGUGCUCGAACCUUGCACCCUUGACUGA